AAAUGUAAAGAGCCAAGGAAGGUAGCUAGGCAGGAGAGCUUUGUUUGGUUAAUUUAAAUGUUUAGUUAUGCUCUUCAGGGUUGGAGCACUGCCUGGAAUUCAGGAAGUCUGGAUUCUCUUCCUAUUUGUGCCUCUACAACCAGCUACAACCCCUUGGUUCCCCUUUGCUUCGGCUCCUCUACCCUCGAGGCCGAGUGAACACCCCCCGUGCCCGGCGGAGGGCCAGGGCCUGCCGUCCAUGCUGUUGGGCGGCGCGCCAUGCCUCGCCAGCUCAGCCUCACCAGCUCAGCUCCCUCCUCAGUGCAGGGGGGAGCACGGCCAGUGCGGCCCCCGCACCCCAGCCUCUCAGUGCUGCCACGGUGGGGCCAGCCCGCCAGCCAAUGCCAACCCACUGCCACCAGCACCCAGCGUGGAAAAAACGCCCCCAAACCUGUCAUCAAGGCCAAGGCACUAAACCAGCCCAACCCCACCAGCACCCCUUCGGCUGGGACCACGGGCCGCCUUUCACCUCAGGCGCUGUUCCCAGGGCAGCCCGGGCGGGCUGGCGGUGGGGUCAGCCUGCCACCCCCCCAGCUUUCCGUAGCUGCAGAUACACUGGUUACAGAACGAGAGCUGCUCCGUGUGGGGGGCUGGGCUGGGGGCUGCCCCAGCGCGGCUGCUCACUGGCCCCACCAGCCAUGGCGGAGGUGGCCCAGCGCCUCGGGGCUCCCUGGCAAGGCCAGGCGGUGCGAGCAGCCUCUCCUCGGGGCCAGUGCCCGCUCUGCAGUGGCGGCGGCCCUGCUGGGUGAGGGGAGGGCAGCAGAGGCAGCAGCCCCUUUACAAAGCCAUAUCAGCGGCAAAUCCCCCCGGCGAGGCCAGGGCUGCAGCUGCUUCCAUGUAUGACUGUGAGGAACCCCAGUGUCCACUUACCUGCCCGCUGGGGAUCUGGGAACGCCGCCUUCCCUGCUCAUACCUUGUGCUCACCUGUCACAAAAUUUCUUAGAAUAUGUUAAAUAUUGCAUGGGUGUAGCAAGUAGCACCUACAAAAGCUUAUGGCGCUGCACAUGCAUAACGUAAAGGGUGGUGUAGAGCGGUGAUACGUACAAGCCUUGUAGCAGCCCAUAAAAUAAGAAAAUACUGUUUUGUUACACCAUAUAAGAAGAAUUGUCAUUUGGGAAUCCUUCCUAAGCAAAGGAAACACAACUGUUAGAAACCCUGUGGGAAAGAGAGACUUUAUUUAUAAAGUCUUACAUUGUUUUUGCAACUAACUUUAUGUAUGACUCCCAGGCAAUUACUGUAUACCAAAUGUUUUGACGAGAUACGUUAAGACAAUUUUUUUUUAAACACCUGCCUAGUGCCAAUGUUGAGCAGAGGAAAGGAUUCCACUUCAUAUGCCAGACUUCUGAAGUGCUCUGCAUCUGGGCCCUUCAGGUGAUCUAUCUACAGCAUCAGCGAUGUAACGAUGUAACCGCAUCUUUAGAGUAAACAAAUGCUAAUGGGAACAUUAGACUUCAGCUACUGCAAUAUUGCAAGUUUUGGUGCAGUUUUAGGAGGUAACGUGAACCGCACUGAUGCAUAUGUCAAGAAGAGCUUCCCACAGCAGCAAUGCUUUCGUGUUUCUUCUGAAUAAUAAAAGCUCGAUCUGCAAAUCUGUUGUCUGUGGCAGCAGAGAGCACACACAACAGACCACACAACAGUAACUUGCUGGAGCUGUCGCUAUAAACUCUUUUGACAAACUGCUGGUUUUUCUUUUGAAACAAGUUUAUCACAGUGGAUUGUGUGAAAACGCAUUAGAAGACACUCGAGAACAAGUCCCAGGUCUCCUACUUCUCUCUUCCAGCUAUAUUUUUCAUGUAGUAGAGACUUGCAGCAGCACAAUCCAUUUCAACACCCAAGACUUAGCUUCUCCUCAAACCCAUGGUCAUUGGAUGGAAUUCACUGUCUUUCCACACAGUGCUUUACUCAAGGAAAUUAAAGUUUUAGCCACGGCACAUAAUAACCCCACCAGACUGCUCCCAGAGUGGUGUGCAGCAAUAGAGACAUCUCCCAUGACACAUCCACAAAACUCAGCGCAAUCACAGUCUACAGCAGAGGUGGCUGCAGAGUGCCCUACCGUCCCACUCAAACUGGCAGCCUGUAUUCAAAGUUUUGAGGUAAACUUCAAGUAACUGGGCUGUAAGAAAUUUACCUAGUGUACCCCCAAAAAAAUUCCCCUAAACCACACAAGCAAGCAGCUGUGCUUGUCUUUCAGCCAGCCUUUGCAAGCACAUACACCCGAGCAGAUUCUCAAAGCAGUGCUAAAAGCAUUACAAAACCUCAUUAUUGUAUUCCAAGUUUCUUUUUAGACCUCUGUAGGGUUAUUUUGUGCAGCCAUUUGAUUAACUAAUCAAUUGCAACAACAUAGCUUAAAGCCACGAGAGUCACUCAAGAAGCUGAUACCCCACAUUGCCUCCCACCCCUGCCCAAUUUUGGGGUGCAUUCCUAUGAACAGGGGAUACAGUUGUGCUUGGUAAAUAAGGGAGUAACUCCAGCCCUGGUGUUAAGAGAUGUCUGAACAGGAAAAACUGGGCAGCCACUGGGAUUUCAAACCAGGGCAUGGAAAAGACAGCAACUACGAUGUAUGUGCAAUGAGUCUUGUCAAGGCCGUAAUGAAAUGCAGUUUUCUCUUGUAGUUAAGCCUAGGGUCUAGUUUAAGAACAUCAAUAAAAUGUAUUAUGGAGUAUUAAGGAGUUUAAAUGUUAAGUAAAUCAAUUCAACUAGUUAUAUGAAUGUUACCUCAAUUGACUAGUUU